UAUUAUUCUUCUACAACCUUUCAGCUUAUCUUCUUUCAAACUUUCACUACUCUGCAGCAUACAGCUUUCUAGCUCAACUCGGUACUCUUUUCUAUCAUAAACCGGCCUUCAACUUCUUGUCCACUUUUUGGGGGCCAAAAAUAUGGCAGACCCAGGUUCAUUUUCAGGCAAACGUGAUGCCAAUGAUAUUAUGAAGCUGGAAAAGAAGAAGAAGAAGAUCAAAGGAGAUGAGGACGAAAAGAAGCAGCACACGGUUCCACUCCUUAAACUAUUUACCUUUGCUGACUUUUAUGAUUACAUCCUGAUGGCCAUCGGAUCAGUCGGUGCAUGUGUUCAUGGCGCUUCGGUGCCUGUUUUCUUUAUUUUCUUCGGGAAGUUGAUUAAUGUUAUUGGGAUGGCUUAUCUCUUCCCCAAAGAAGCUUCCCACAAAGUUGCCAAGUACUCUCUGGAUUUUGUGUAUCUGAGUAUAGCUAUACUGUUUUCCUCAUGGAUAGAGGUGGCUUGUUGGAUGCAUACUGGGGAAAGACAAGCGGCAAAGAUGCGGAUGGCAUAUUUGAGAUCCAUGUUAAAUCAAGAUAUUAGUGUCUUUGACACUGAAUCUUCCACCGGAGAGGUGAUAGCUGCAAUUACCAGUGACAUUAUUAUUGUUCAAGAUGCUAUUUCUGAGAAGGUUGGGAACUUCAUACACUACAUUAGCAGGUUUUUAUCAGGCUUCAUCAUUGGGUUUGCUAGAGUCUGGCAAAUCUCUCUUGUAACACUGUCUAUAGUCCCCUUAAUUGCUCUUGCUGGUGGCCUCUAUGCUUGGGUGGCAAUUGGCCUCAUUGCCAGAGUGAGAAAAUCCUAUGUCAAGGCUGGGGAGAUUGCUGAAGAGGUUAUUGGAAAUGUUAGAACAGUUCAUGCAUUUGCAGGAGAAGAGAAAGCAGUGAGGUUAUAUAUGACUGCUCUGAAGAAUACAUACGAGUAUGGUAAAAAAACAGGAUUAGCUAAAGGGCUAGGACUAGGCUCCAUGCACUGUGUCCUUUUCCUAUCAUGGGCCUUGCUUGUUUGGUUCACUAGCAUUGUUGUUCACAAGAACAUCUCAAAUGGUGGGGAAUCCUUCACCACCAUGCUCAAUGUUGUUAUAGCUGGCCUGUCAUUGGGGCUGGCAGCACCAGACAUCACUGCUUUUGUCCGAGCUAAGGCAGCUGCAUAUCCCAUAUUUGAAAUGAUAGAAAGGGACACAUUCAGCAAGAAAAGUUCCGCAACUGGUCAGAAAAUGGACAAACUCGAGGGCCAUAUUCAGUUUAAGAAUGUUUCUUUUAGCUACCCAUCUCGUCCUGAUGUACAUAUCUUCGAUAAGCUGUGCCUCAAUAUCCCUUCUGGUAAGAUUUUAGCCCUCGUGGGAGGAAGUGGAUCUGGAAAGAGCACAGUUAUAUCUUUGAUUGAACGUUUCUAUGAGCCCCUUUCUGGAGAGAUAUUAUUAGAUGGGCAUGAUAUCAGAAAUCUUCACCUCAAGUGGCUGAGGCAGCAAAUUGGAUUGGUAAAUCAGGAGCCCGCCCUUUUUGCUACAAGCAUUAGGGAGAACAUCCUCUAUGGAAAAGAUGAUGCCACCCUCGAAGAGAUUGCACGUGCAGCUAAACUUUCAGAGGCCCUCUCUUUCAUAAACAAUCUCCCUGAAAGAUUCGAGACUCAGGUUGGGGAGAGAGGAAUACAACUAUCAGGUGGACAAAAGCAAAGGAUUGCAAUAGCACGAGCAAUUCUCAAGAAUCCAUCCAUCCUUUUACUGGAUGAAGCUACAAGUGCACUGGAUGCUGAGUCUGAAAAAAGUGUGCAGGAGGCACUUGAUCGUGUCAUGGUCGGACGAACAACGGUAGUGGUAGCCCAUCGGCUUUCCACCAUUAGAAAUGCAGAUGUGAUCGCUGUUGUACAAGAUGGGAAUAUAGUAGAAACUGGGAACCAUGAGGAGCUAAUUUCAAACCCCAACAGUGCAUAUGCAUCCAUAGUUCAACUCCAAGAGGCAGGUUCUCUGCAACGCUAUCCCUCCGUGGGUCCUAACUUGGGACGUAGCAUAAGGUAUUCAAGGGAACUGUCUCGCACCACAACAAGCUUUGGUGCUAGUUUUCGUUCUGAUAAAGAAUCUGUUAGCCGCAUUGGUGCUGAUGGGGGGGAGACUGUAAAGCCAAAACGUGUUUCCACCGGAAGGCUGUAUUCCAUGGUCGGGCCAGACUGGGUUUAUGGGGCAAUUGGCACCGUGUGUGCGUUUAUUGCUGGAGCUCAGAUGCCCCUUUUCGCUCUUGGGGUGUCUCAAGCACUUGUAGCAUAUUACAUGGAUUGGGAUACAACACGUCAUGAGGUCAAGAAAAUUGCAUUCUUGUUCUGUGGGGGUGCAGUUUUAACCGUCAUUGUUCAUGCAACCGAGCAUCUCUGUUUUGGAAUCAUGGGAGAGCGACUCACUCUGCGUGUGCGAGAGAAGAUGUUUUCGGCCAUUUUGAGGAAUGAGAUUGGAUGGUUUGAUGACAUGAACAACACAAGUUCUAUGCUUUCAUCGCGUCUAGAAAGUGAUGCCACUCUGUUACGGUCAAUAGUUGUUGAUCGCACUACAAUUCUUUUACAGAACGUAGGAUUGGUUGUAGGCUCAUUUAUCAUUGCUUUCAUCUUGAACUGGAGGAUCGCAGUUGUUGUCAUUGCCACAUACCCAUUGAUCAUUAGUGGUCACAUCAGCGAGAAACUAUUCAUGAAAGGCUAUGGUGGAAACUUGAGCAAAGCCUAUCUGAAAGCUAACAUGCUGGCUGGGGAGGCAGUGAGUAACGUCCGAACUGUUGCUGCAUUUUGCGCCGAAGAGAAGAUCCUUGACCUUUACGCUCGUGAACUUGUUGAGCCAUCCAGGCGUUCAUUUGUUCGUGGUCAGAUUGCCGGCCUAUUCUAUGGGAUAUGCCAGUUCUUCAUCUUCUCAUCCUAUGGCCUGGCCUUAUGGUACGGUUCUGUUUUGAUGGGGAAGGAACUUGCUAGCUUCAAAUCUGUCAUGAAAUCAUUUAUGGUUCUGAUUGUAACGGCAUUAGCCAUGGGGGAGACGUUGGCUAUGGCUCCAGACCUCUUGAAAGGGAACCAAAUGGUGGCAUCAGUUUUUGAAGUGGUGGACAGAAAGACGGAGAUAAAAGGUGAUGUUGGAGAAGAGUUGAUGACAGUUGAGGGAACAAUUGAGCUAAAGGGCAUCCAGUUCAGUUACCCAUCAAGACCAGAAGUCCUCAUUUUUAAGGACUUCAAUUUGAAAGUUCGAUCGGGGCAGAGUAUGGCAGUAGUGGGGCAAAGUGGUUCUGGAAAAAGCUCCGUCAUCUCUCUUAUACUGCGAUUUUACGAUCCAGUGGCUGGCAAAGUGAUGAUAGAUGGGAAAGAUAUCAAGAAACUUAAGCUCAAAUCUCUUAGGAAACACAUUGGCCUAGUCCAACAAGAACCAGCUCUAUUUGCUACAUCAAUAUAUGAGAACAUUGUUUAUGGAAAAGAAGGAGCCUCCGAAGCCGAAGUAAUUGAAGCAGCUAAGCUUGCCAAUGCUUAUAGUUUUGUCAGUUCACUUCCUGAGGGCUUCUCUACUAAAGUGGGUGAAAGAGGAGUGCAGCUUUCUGGUGGCCAGAAACAAAGGGUAGCCAUUGCCCGAGCCAUUCUCAAGAACCCAGAAAUCUUGUUACUAGAUGAAGCCACUAGUGCUCUAGAUGCGGAGUCAGAGCGAGUGGUGCAACAAGCUCUGGACAGAUUGAUGAAGAACCGAACCACAGUCGUGGUGGCACAUAGGCUGUCAACAAUAAAAAAUGCAGACCAAAUAUCUGUUUUGCACGAUGGGAAGAUAAUAGAGCAAGGGACUCAUUCAUCACUUGUAGAGAACAAGAAUGGAGCAUACUAUAAGUUGAUCAACAUUCAGCAACAGAAACAGCAAUUAUAACAAAAUGGAAACCAAAUAGCCCAAAAGAUUGUUGCAGAGUGCUCUCUUUGAUCUGUGCUGCACCCGUGUAUUUAUUCUUUUACCUUUUCAUAAAUCAACAUAUACAAGGUCUUCUUUGAGUGAUUAUUUCUCCAUGAAAAUAAUGACAGUACAGGUUGGAGCUGAGCAUGGUGUAAAAGUAUAUAGUGGCAUUUCCCAUUUUACUA